AUGACAGCUAUCGAACAUGCCAGUAGAGCGUUCAAGUCGACGCCGGAACUAACGAAAGUCCCCAGCAUCAAGGAAUAUUGGAAGCAACGACUCUGCGACAAGUUAUCCCAGGAUGUGUACAUUUUCCCCGUGGAUGAAAACUCCAAACGUGAAUUUUAUGAUACCAUAUCCAAUGACAAGAUUGUUGUAUUUGGCAAGGACAAGUUCCCUUCAAACAGGGGCAUUCGUGCUGAAAAGGAAAUGAAUAUCGGUACUUGCGUCAUGGAGGUUUCUGCAUUUUCUGCCUAUUUUGAGGAACCAGAAGAAGAGGAGGAAAUGGAAGAAGCUGGUAGAGGAAGUCGCAGCACUCUGAAGGGCAGCAACAGGAAUGGUGUAGGUAGCCAUAACACCACCAAGUACACCACCACCGCCACUAGAAACAAGAGGCGGAGGUUGCCAUAUCAAAACUUUUAUGAAGAGAUCCUCUUGCCCUAUGUUGACUUUAGUGGACUACACCGAGUCGAGUCCGAAUUGGUGCACCUCACCAUGAUUACUUUGUUCAACUACUUGGAAAAUAGUGAAUUUGCAUGCUUGGUGAACAACUUGUGCACGCACCAAAGACAGAUCCGGGCCGAUGGCGAGAUGGCCAAGAACAGAGACCGGAUUAAAUGCGUCAUUGUUGAAAUGUUCAUUGCCUAUUUCAACGAUUUCAUCCCGGCAAUGGCAGCGUUCAAAAGAGGUGAAGUCCGGAUUGCCAAAUCGAGUUGGAAAUUUUUGGAAAAUUUGAUCAAUUUAGUCUUUAUCAACUAUUCAACGUUGAUGAACUACAAGUUUGAAGCCGUGGGUUACAACUUGGAUCCACAAUUUGCCAUUAUCAAUCAUAGCUGCUUGCCCAAUUGCAUCCAAAUUGAAACCCCACCACCGCCACCUAAUAAUAAUAACAAUAACAGUAGUGGCGGUUUGGGUUGUGGUGGCAGUUUGGGUGGUGGAGGUGGCUGCGAAAAAAAUGGCGAGUUCAAAUUAAUCAAUUCUUUACCCAUCAAACCCAAUGAUGAAAUCACGGUGACAUACAUCAACACGGCUAUGCCAACUGAGAUUCGCCAGUAUCAGUUGUUCAAGCGCUACUAUUUCAGAUGCACUUGCCAGUUGUGUACACUGAAAACCGAUGUGUUUUUCACCAUGCAAUGCUUUUCCUGUUUCAAGCCCGUCAAGUCUCCCAGCUUAAGCGGCGUGUUGAAUGCACCCAAUACCAUACCCAAGGAAUCGACUUGCUCCCACUGCUUUCAUGAGCUCGACGUUGACCUUUACAAAAGACAAGUCCAGAUUAGGAAUUUUUUCAUGGCCUUGAUUUUGAACCCAAGCUCAAGCUACAAUUUACCGAAUGAAGGGUACUUCAGUCUUUUGCAGAAGGAAUUCAUCGGCUUGGUGGAAAGAACGGGCAACUCGGCGUUGAUCAAGAUGCUUGACCAAGCAGUGGAAAACUUCCAGCUUCCAACGGGGAUAAUCGACUUUGUCAAGAGUUUGAUUGAUGAAAUCAUGCAAAAAAAGGUAUUUCAACUAUGUGCAUUCCCAUUCAACGUCAUUGUUCGCUCUAUCCUUGCCACUUGCGAAAAGAGAGAUUUUGCUUCCGGGAUGGAAUUUCUAAAAUACUAUUCUAGAGAGAUGUUUGCCGUGAAUUUCCCAGCUGACUUAUCCAACCAGUUGUUCUUCAACGAGUGCUUGUACCUUGAACUUGCAAACUCAAUCAUGGAAGUAAUGGAUCAUUUGAAAGAGGAGAAAAUCGCCACUUGUUUCGGAGCGUACUCGGAUUCGCUCGAGUUGUUGGCACGCUGCGCUUAUUUCUUCUAUAAGCAUGUGACCAGUAAGAAUGAGCUCGAACAAGUCGAGGAGAAGCUUGGUGAGAUCCGUGAUGAGUACCCCAAGAUCAAAUCGACAUUGAGUUUACAUUCGUGCUUGGAGAAGUUCUUUAUCCAUGCCAAUGCCAACAUCUACAUCACCACCACCAGGCUCUUGAUUUUCAACGCCAAGCAGGAACAAGUGACAUUAUUCCACACGUUUGACACCGACGAUUUCUUGUGA